CUCUCUUCUCUUUGUAUCGUCUUCCUUGUCCGUUCCAUAUUACAUCUUAAAAAAAUCCCAGAGAUUUAGUUUUCUUUAGUUUUUUUGUUUUCUUGGGAAAUUAAGGUGUUAGAGAGUAAUAGAGAGAGAAAAAGAAAAUGUUGGGAAUUUUCAGUGGAGCUAUAGUAUCGCCGCCGGAAGAGCUGGUGGCUGCCGGAAGCCGAACUCCCUCCCCGAAGACUACCGGAGCUACUCUAGUGAACCGUUUCGUCGAUAAAAAUCCCUCCGCCGUGUCUGUUCAAGUCGGAGACUUUGUUCAGCUCGCUUACAGCCAUCACAACGAGAGUCCUCUCCGGCCUAGAUCAUUUGGGGCUAAGGAUGAGAUCUUCUGCUUGUUCCAAGGCUCACUUGACAACCUAGGAAGCUUGAAACAGCAAUACGGGCUUGCAAAGAACGCAAACGAGGUUCUCUUGGUCAUCGAGGCUUACAAGACUCUCCGUGACAGAGCUCCUUACCCGGCCAACCAUGUUGUCGCUCACCUAAGUGGCGAUUUCGCCUUUGUGGUCUUUGACAAAUCAACCUCCACCCUGUUUGUAGCCUCUGACCAAGUUGGUAAGGUUCCAUUGUAUUGGGGAAUCACAGCUGAUGGGUACGUGGCAUUUGCUGAUGAUAUUGAGUUGCUAAAAGGUGCUUGUGGCAAGUCUCUUGCUUCUUUCCCUCAAGGCUGUUAUUACUCGACGGCGUUAGGUGGACUUAGGAGCUUUGAGAACCCUAAGAACAAGAUCACUGCCAUUCCUGCUAAGGAGGAAGAAAUUUGGGGAGCCACCUUCAAGGUGGAAGGAGCAACAGUUCUUGCAGAUUGAGAGUGAACGUGAGUAAAAAGAAAAAACAAGUUCCAUGUCUCGUAAAUCUCGAACUGUAACAGCAAAAAAAAAAAAUAAUGACGUAGGAAAAAACAAAAAGCUGUUCUAAGAGUUCUGUAAGCUAUCAAUGGUUGGUGUUGAUGUGUGUAGUAGCGUUGUAUCCUGUCUUAUGCUCCUUUGUACAGUCCGUGUCUAUCUUCUGCUGUUUUUAGUGUCUUCUACCUAAUAAGUUAUGUCUCUGAAACCUUUCUUGAUCCU